CCGCUGCCCGCGACUUCAAUUCGGUUGUGCAUUAAUCUUUCUGCUCUGCGCCUGUAGAACCAAAUCCUUGCCUAAAAACAUGUCGAAGCCUGCCUACAAAGUUGCCGAUAUCGGUCUGGCCGAAUGGGGACGCAAGGCGAUUAUCAUUGCGGAGAACGAGAUGCCCGGCCUGAUGGCCUGCCGCAAGAAGUACGGGCCGUCCAAGAUCCUGAAGGGGGCUCGCAUCACCGGCUGCCUGCACAUGACCGUCCAGACGGCGGUGCUCAUCGAGACCCUCGUGGAGCUGGGCGCUGAGGUCCAAUGGUCCAGUUGCAACAUCUUCAGCACACAGGAUAACGCCGCGGCUGCCAUUGCUGCCACCGGUGUGCCUGUGUACGCGUGGAAGGGUGAAACGGACGAGGAGUACAUGUGGUGCAUCGAGCAGACUCUGGUCUUCCCCGAUGGCAAGCCCCUGAACAUGAUCCUGGACGAUGGCGGUGAUCUGACCAAUCUGGUGCACGAGAAGUUCCCCCAGUACCUGAAGGACAUCAAGGGUCUCAGCGAGGAGACGACCACGGGUGUCCACAACCUCUACAAGAUGUUCAAGGACGGCCGCCUGGGCAUCCCGGCCAUCAAUGUCAACGAUUCCGUGACGAAGAGCAAGUUCGACAAUCUGUACGGCUGUCGGGAGUCCCUGAUCGAUGGCAUCAAGCGCGCCACAGAUGUGAUGAUCGCCGGCAAGGUGUGCUGCGUCGCUGGUUACGGUGAUGUGGGCAAGGGCUGUGCCCAGGCUCUGAAGGGAUUCGGUGGACGGGUGAUCGUCACCGAAAUCGAUCCAAUCAAUGCCCUGCAGGCCGCCAUGGAGGGCUACGAGGUGACCACAAUGGAGGAGGCCAGCAAGGAGGCAUCCAUCUUUGUGACCACCACCGGCUGCCGCGACAUCAUCACCUCCGUGCACCUGCUCAACAUGCCCGACGAUGCCAUCGUUUGCAACAUCGGCCACUUUGACAUCGAGAUCGAUGUCGACUGGCUGAAUGCCAAUGCCAAGGAGAAGGUGAACGUGAAGCCCCAGGUCGAUCGCUACACCAUGCCCAAUGGCCGUCACAUCAUCCUCCUGGCCGAGGGCCGUCUGGUUAACUUGGGCUGUGCCCACGGCCAUCCCAGCUUUGUAAUGUCUAACUCCUUCACCAACCAAGUGCUCGCCCAGAUCGAACUGUGGACCAAGUCCGCCCAGUACAAGGUCGGCGUCCACGUCCUGCCCAAGGUUCUCGACGAGGAAGUGGCCAGUCUCCAUCUGGAAAAGCUCGGCGUCAAGCUCACCAAACUGACGGAGAAGCAGUCCAGCUAUCUGGGUGUGCCCAAGACGGGACCCUUCAAGCCCGACCACUACCGCUACUGAGUAAACCCAGUGGAGACACAAAUAGUUAUCCAAUUCUUUUAAAUGUUUUAUUCUUUUCUUAUACCGUUUUUUUUUUUAAAUACUGAUCCGCCAAAAGCUCCAAUAAAAACCCAUCUCACGUACACUCUCCAGCGAGAAAUCCACCCCAA